UUUUUUUUUUUUUUUUUUUUUUUUUUUUUUUUUUUUUUAUAUACAUAAAGAAAAUUACAAACUCUAUAAAGAACAAUAUUGUUCACGAUACGUGAAUUAUCGUUAAUUAUUUAACGAUUUUCAUUUGAAUGAACAUAUUAUUAAGAAGUAGAAGAAGUUUAGAAACAAAAAAAAAGUUAGAUAAAAAUCGUAAAGAAGAAGAAUAAGAAGAAGAGAAAGAGGAAGAAGAAGUUCGAUCGUCGCUUUGAAGAGGACACUCGUAUCCAUAACGAAGAGGAAGCAGAAGAAGAAGAAGAGGAGGAGAACGUCGGACGUUGACCGAUGAGAAAAAUAUAAAUUGCUAAUUAAUAGCAAACAAUGGAAAAAUAAAGAAAAAAAAAAAAAGAAACGCGAAAGAAAAUAUUCCAAGCUGGAAGAUCUAAGAAGGAUCGAAUAAAACAUGCGGUUCUUCGUGAAAAACCGCUCGACAACCGAUCGGAAAGGUAUCGUCAAGGAUGAUUCGUUGGAUCGGGAUGUUGGCUUUGGCCAGAUCGAAGAAAACAGCAUCAGUAACAAUACCAUUAUCAAUAGUAACAAAAACGGAUAUCUCGAAAAAAUUAUUAUCAAAGAUAUCGAAAAUUGUAUCUUCAACGACAAUCGUAAUAUCAUCGAGAAAAAUAAUAAAACGUUUAUCGUAUACGACGAAUCUAAAUUCGAGAAAAUUCGCGAUAACGAUAGAAUCAAAUUCUACGAGAAAUAUAUCGAAGGAAAAAUCGAUAACGAAGAGGAAAACGUUGCGAUCGCAAAGAUCUACGAUUAUUUCUGGGAAUGUUCGUCAUUUUUCCGCUCGAGGAACUUCUUCGAUUAUAUGAGAAUCCUUUUCGGGAAUCUUUCGAGCCAUUGACCUUGAACGAUAACUAUAUUAAUUCAGUUUCGUCAAAUUCCAGUGGCUAUCGGGAAGAAAAUCCUAUUUAUCGUCGUACUAUUCCUGUCGUCAAACUCGAUACUACGAAAAAUGAAUAUUAUGACGAUCGGACGAAAAUAGAAAAAGUUCGUGAAAAGGGAGAACGUAAAAAGGAUAAUAAUAAUAAUAAUACUAGUAGUAAUAAAAAAAAAAUUAAUAAGGAUAAACAAUUGCGUAAUAAAUCCAAACGAAGGGAUCAGCAACCACGUUACGAUUACGAUUACGAUUACGAUAACGAUAAUAACAUACUACGAGAUAAAACGAGACAAGUGUCUCGUAAAAAAAGCCGGAAUAUGCUAAACAAUCGAAAUAUUAUUGGCGACGAAGCCGCCGCCGCUACUACCACAAUUACUGCUAAUAAUCCUUUGAAGGAUCUUAUCCAACCAAAUCUCAACGAUGCCCUUAAACAACACAAUGUUAACGCUCUCAAACUUGUCCAGACCGGUGUUUUCUUAUCGCGAAGGUUACGAACAAGAAAUAGCAAAAUCCGAAGAGAAAUUACAACGUGCGAGAGCUGAUUAUAAACGUUCUUAUGCGUCGUUAUUAACGAACGAAGGUGGAAACGAGACAGAAUUGAAGCGAGCUUACCUCGAAGCUCACAAUGCUUAUGUUCUUCAAUUGAGAGCUACCAAUGCAAUCUGUGAAUGUUAUCAAACCAAUUGUUUGCCUGGUUUACUGGAUGAAAUAGCUGAGGUCUAUGAGGAACUUUGCGGAUUGGUUUGCAAAUGCGUUGCUGGAAUAUCGGAGGCAGCUUACGAACGUACAACCGAACAAGCGAAACGUUAUCAAAAUGUUAGCAAAGAUGCUCAAACUGUUAUGCCAACUAACGAUUUGCAGAUCCUAGCACGCAAUUUGUCGGCUAAUGCAACAGCCCGUAAACCGGUACGACGUUUAUUCGUUGCACUUUCAAGACCAGAACAAGUACCUAUCGAAAAAGCUGCACAAAUACCCCAGCUUAGAGACGAAUUGGUACCAACUGGUAUCAGUACUUUGCCACUUAUGGAAGAACUCAAAAGGGAACACGAAAGUUUGACUCAAAAAAAAGGAAGAAUUCAAGACGCCUUAGACACUUUGAUUCGAAUGCAACGAAAAAGCGCCGAAGGUAAUCUUUAUACAAAGGUGGCCGAAUUGCAAGAAAACAUUUCCAUGAAACGUUUCGAGUUAGGUGUUGCAAAAUUGGAUCUUGCUGCUGUACAAGCACAGAAGGAACUCUUCGGUGGGGGAGAGGCUGGUCAACCCGAUGGGAUGAGCAGCAGGAAAAUGUCCAAUGGUUCGACCGGGAGUACCAAACACAAAUGGUUGAAAGCGUUUAAAAGUUUGAAAACGAGCUCACCGACAACUUCACCACCUGCCGACAAAGGAAAACAGGCGAUGUACCAUGCAGUAUCAACCGUAGUUGCUUUAUCCAGAAAAAAUAACGACAUAGAGGAUGGUCACGUGUGGCGAGAAUAUACCUAUCGAAAGAUAACACCGUGUGAUGCAUGCGGCCAAGUAUUACGUGGUCACAGUAGGCAAGGUCUCAGAUGCAGGGGCUGCAAGGUCAAUGCACACUCGGACUGCAUCAAUCAAAUAAAACCAAUUAAGUGUCCAAGUUUGGCGCCAAAAAAGAGCGGAGGUAUACCAUUGUUACGUCGUCAGAAAACACAAGCACCCGUUGAUGAAACACCACCAGCUGAUCACAGACGAGGAAGCGGAGGAUCCAUGUCAGGCACGCGUCCAUUCGGACAACCGCUGGUGUUGAUGACCCAGGAGUCACCACCUUCGACCUCGUCGUCGAGGUCACCAGAGACCCCUAUUAUGCGCAGAGAGCAGAGCGUCAACAGAAGACGAUGACCCUCGAUCGAACUAUACAUACAAUACAUACAUUCUUUCUUUCUUUCUUUCAUUUCUUUCUCUCUCUCUCUCUCUCUCUC